AUGGCGAAUCUUGAAGAUGAGAAGAAAUGGACUCGAAGAAAUGAGGGGCCGCCUCGUAAGUUCAUCGAGGGCUCAUCUAAGGGGAAUCAGAUCAAUGUUUCUUCUGUUUCCAUUUCCAGUCCUCCCAAGAAGGAAAAUGAGCCUCUUCCAAUAGAAACACCGUUCAAUCUUCCUUCUCCACUCCCACCCUGGCCUCAAGGUGAAGGCUUUGCGAGUGGAAUAAUUGAUCUAGGAGGAUUACAAGUGUGUCAAGUAUCGACAUUCACUGUGGUGUGGGCUACGAAAGAAGGCGGACCGGAUAAUCUUGGCGCAACAUUUUUUGAACCAUGUUCUUUACCAGAUGAAUUCUUUUUGCUAGGAUUCUAUAGCCAAUCCAACAACAGGCCUUUAUCUGGAUGGGUUCUUGCAGCAAAAGAUGCAACAAGUGAAGGUCUCUUGAAGGAACCAGUUGACUACAUUCUUGUUUGGAGUAGUGAAUCUUUGAAUAUUAAUCAAGAUGGUGUUGGCUAUAUCUGGCUGCCAAUACCCCCUGAUGGCUACAUAGCUCUCGGACACGUCGUCACGAGUUCUCCUGAGAAGCCGGCCGUCGACAAAAUUCGAUGCGUUCGCUCUGAUUUCACGGAUUCUUUUGAAAGUGAUGAUUGGAUUUGGGGGCCAGAUGAUGAAAUUGAUACAAAUGAGAUCAAUGUUUAUAGCACAAGACCAUCAGUUAGAGGAAUUCAAGCCAUGGGGAUUCCUACAGGAACAUUUAUAACCCAAAAAAAUGGGGCUGCUGGAUCAACUCUUGUCUGUUUGAAGAAUGCAAAUGCCAGUAAAAAUGCUUUGCCUAAUUCAAAUCAGAUUAAGGCAUUGAUUCAAGCUUACUCUCCUUAUAUCUAUUUUCAUCCUGAUGAAAACUACUUACCUUCCUCAUUGACCUGGUUUUUCGAAAACGGAGCACUACUGUAUACGAAAGGUCAAGAAUCGAAUCCAAUAGCCAUUGAUAGCACGGGCUCAAAUCUUCCUCAGGGGGGCGGAAAUGAUGGUUCCUAUUGGAUAGACCUUCCUAUGGAUGAUAUAGAAAAAGAGAGAGUCAAGCUAGGAGAUCUACAAGAUGCCUAUGCUUAUUUACAUGUUAAACCCAUGUUUGGUGCAACAUUUACAGACAUAGCAAUAUGGAUAUUUUACCCUUUCAAUGGUCCUAGCAGGGCGAAAGUCGGAUUCUUCAAUGUUCACAUGGGGAAAAUUGGAGAACAUGUUGGAGAUUGGGAGCAUGUGACCUUAAGAAUCAGCAAUUUCAAUGGGGAGCUUAAGGCUGUCUAUUUUUCUCAGCAUAAUAAAGGAGUGUGGGUGGAAGCUUCAGAAUUGGAGUUUGAAAAUGGUAAUAAACCAGUGGUCUAUUCAUCAUUACAUGGCCAUGCCUCGUAUCCAAAACCCGGCCUCGUUCUGCUAGGGAAAAGGAAAAUGGGCAUAAGAGAUGAUACUGGGAAGGGGACUUUUUCCAUGGACACUGGAGAAAAGUUUUCAGUGGUGAAUGCUGAUUAUAUGGGGUCUAUGUAUGAAAAUCCACCAUGGCUCAAUUAUACAAGAGAAUGGGGUCCAAAGAUAAGCUACGAAAUUGAGGAUGAGCUCAAGGUGCUUGAGAUGUUUUUGCCAGGGAAAUUAAAGCCUAAAUUUGAAAAUUUUGUGUUGAGUCUUCCUCAGGAGUUGUUGGGGGAGGAAGGGCCUACUGGGCCUAUGGUUAAAGAUAAUGGGAUAUGGCAAAAGCGUGUGUCCCAAUCUGUUAUUUUGGCGAAUUUCAAAGGAAAGAAAAUGGUCAAUGGGAAUGGAAAUGGAGGAGUGAAGGAGAAGGGUUUGUUGAAGAAAAAUGUCAUCGAGGGUGAACACGAAGUUUUUGAUGGAGAGGAUCGUAAUGAGAAUGAUUUUUGGGAUACUGUUGAGAUUGCUCGGGAGGAUGAUGUGGUUAUUCCUAGGGCAGUUGCUACUCACCAUGAUGUCACCGUUACACGAAGGAUUUACGAGGAAAGACAUGAGUCUGGUGGGAGCUCACAUGCUGGGCCGAGUACACGGUCUUCUAAUUGUUCGCGUGUAGUUCCUGAUGAUGAAGAUUUACAUGUCGAUCAAUUGUUUGACACGAAAAGAGAUUUGCAAGAAGCCGCGCACCGAAUUGCAAUGAAACAUAAUUUUGAGUUUAAGUUGGCGUUUGAGUGCGACAAAGAUGGACACAAAUGA